GGUGCUAAGGGUUGAAAAAGAUAAUAGCGAAUGAAGAUAGAGUCAAUAGGAGCAAAUUUUUGUCUGAAUUACGACUAUUUGUGAAGUUGUCCUGUAGAAUUUUAGCUCUAAUUUGAGAAUUGUUUAUAAUUUUUCUUUGAGGGACGCUUUACUGGUGAGAGAGUAUCGCACCGAUGAAAAACAAGAGAAAAAAUCGUCUUGCACCCAAAAAUACUUCGAAACUUGUCACCUCAGAUGAGAAGCCACUGAAGAAGGGGAAAGAAACUGGUAUUGCUGCUGAAUCUACUUCAGAAGAGGUAGUUUCUGGCAAAAAAAUAAUGGAAGAGGACAAUGGUAAUGCAAAAGAAUCUGUUCCAACUCCUGUAGUUAAGAAGCCUUGUACGUGGCUUAAGCUUGAUAGGCUUGACCCUCAAGUUGGAAGUAAAUCAUCAGUUCAGAGUUCUAAACAAGGCAAAGAAGCAAAGUUCACUACUCACAUUCAAGAGAUAAAAGACAGUAAGAGGAAGAGAAAACAAACAGGUGAUUCUGUUGUGAAGCAUAUCGACUCACAUCUUGAGAAAAAGGAGAAGGGCAUUGUCAACAGUAGGCAUGAAGAUACAGAGGAGAGGGAUGAGGAAUCUGGGAAAAAUCUUGGUGGAUUGAUUUUUAUGUGCAAUGCGAAAACUAAACCAGAUUGUUUUAGUUACAAAGUGAUGGGUAUCUCAGCCAGCAAGAAAGAGGCUGUGAUGAGCAUCAAGCCUGGUCUUAAACUUUUCCUCUAUGACUAUGAUCUGAAGCUCAUGUAUGGAAUCUAUGAGGCCUCGUCUGCUGGUGGCAUGAAACUCGAACCAGCAGCUUUCGGUGGGGCUUUCCCUGCUCAGGUCCGCUUCACUGUUCACAAGGAUUGCCUUCCACUACCUGAAAGUAUGUUUAAGAAAGCAAUUAAAGACAGCUACGAUGAAAAGACACGGAAGUUCAAAACAGAAUUAACCAUGAAACAAGUAAAGCAUCUAGUAGAUUUGUUCCGUCCGACCCCAUUGUUGCAUCCAGGUAGCAGAUCUGUGGUUCAGGAAGGUAAUCAAGUUAUCUGCCCAGUACCAGCAGGAGCUUUGUUGAGCAAGGAAUCCCUUGAGAGACAAAGAUAUACUAACAGUUACAGCAUUAGCGACCCAGGAGGAAAGGCUAUCCCUUUGCAUCAUGAGAAACGGUUGACUGAUUACCCUGUCUCCUCUAAUGCAGUUCCUCCUCAAGAUCCACUUUUUCUCACUGAGCUAGAAUACAGAAGUAAUGGUCUUCGACAAGGAAGGCAUCUCUUGCCAACAACACCAGGAGAUGAUGUUAGAAAUACUUGGGAGCCUAAUAAACUUGAUCAUGACUUAAAGCAACUCCCAACGAAUCCAGUUUCCACAAGUGGUGAUCCAUCUGUACAGCACAGAGAGGUCAAUCAACCUGAUCCAUUUUUCCUCAGUGAAAAGGAGUACCGAAUUUAUGGCCUCAGAGCCCCCCAGAAAAUACUAAACGCAGCAUCUCUUAGGAUGACAACUAAUGAAAUUGUAAAUGACCCUGACAAGGAUUUUUAUGACCCUUAUGAUGAAGCCACCACCUCAUUGGUGAAUCGGUAUCUGACACUGCCAAGGCCAGCUGCAGUCCCAGCAGAAUCAUAUCCUCUGCCAGCACGAGAACGAGAACCAUAUUUCAACGGUCUAAACCACACAAGUGACAUAAAAAAUCAUCCUGUAAGAACAGUUCCUGACAUCGAAAGAGCUGUUGCAACUUAUACUUUGCGUGAUCAAUCGGACUUCAAUCAAAGGCCAUAUUCACUGAACUCUUCUCGUGAACCAUCAGUGCUCAAUCAGGGCUUCUCUCUCCAGCGUGAGACUGACUUGGCAUCUGCACCAGUCUCACAGCGCUACUCUUUUGCAGGACCUUCUGUAUCACAGCACAGAUAAAAUCUUUCACCAGUCUGUUUCUAUGUUCUUCAGAGGACUUGCAACAGUUUCAUCUGAUGUAUUGACAAGUCUCUUGCUGUGAGCAUCAGUGUGUGCAGAAGCUAGGCCAUCUGCCGAUGGGCUGAAGUUUUCAUUACAGCUUUGCUAUUUGCCUAGACGUCGCUGUUGUAUAUUAUUCCUCUUUGUUCAAUUUCAUAAAUUGUCAACUCCAGUGUUGUCAAAGUAUGUUCAAUCAACUUUUGGUGCAAUGUAAUUAUUUAUUUUCAUGGCGACUUAA